AUGGCAAAAGUAUUUAUUCGUAAGUCUCGAAAGGAAAUCAAUUUCAACUAUAGGCAACGUAAAAAGGAGAAGUUUAAUGCACUUCAGGAUGAGGUGAUCUCUCUACGAGAAUGCGUUGCUGAACUUAAAGGUCAAUUAAAGCUCCUUAAAGAACUGCAUGCACAGCUUAUCGUUGAAAAUGGACUUCUCCAGUCGACUCCCUUCAGAAAUGGGUUGUUCAAUAGUAUCGUCUUCUUCCAAAAAAGUAGAUCCUUUAAUGCUUCAAGUAGAAUAAAACCUAUGCCAUCAACAUUCUGA